ACUCCUCCAGCAUCCAUCACUCGACUCGUCUCUCCUGGAUCUGGAACUCUCACUCCGCUCCGUCUCUGUGUGAAAUCAGACGUUCUGCUAGAAUGAGGUACCUGACGGCUCUGCUGCUUCUGCUGUCGCUCAGCUCUCUGUAUCUGGUGUCUAGUGGUCCUUCUGGUAUUGACGUCAUGAAAACCUGCUGUUCAAGCGCAACUAAAGCGCCAAUCCCACUAAAGAACAUUGUGACCUACUGGAGGACCAGCAGCAGCUGCCCCCUACAGGCCAUUGUUUUUCAGAUGCUAAAUAAGGUACAGAACACCAUUCGUACAGUCUGUGUGGAUCCUACAGCCGUUUGGGUCGACAGUCACAUGAGGAAAGUGGAUCUUAAGAACAAAGUUGAUGUAACAGCAAAACUCUGCGCUGAAGAUUGA